CGAGGAGAUGUCUGUCGAUGUGACAGCAUUCAAAAUGCCCACUAGUGUCAUUCUAAGAAACAAUAAAUUUGAGACAGUAUUAUUCACAAAGGAAGAAUGGAGUCAGAUUUUGUCUUUGAGUGAGAGCAUGAUCAAUUUGAUGAAUGACAUCAAAGUAUCAGAUGGCGACUGGAUGUUUGAAAUAUCCCAAACAAGAUCUAUCGUGUUCCGAUUAUACAAAGACAAAGGAGGCAAAGUGAACCUCAAUUUUAGACUGCCAGACUGUGAAACUUUGCCACGCAUUAGUUUUGAGGUAUCUUUCGAAUCAUGGAGGCGUUUGCUGAGUAUACGAAACGAUAUAAGUAACGUUUUAAAAGAUGACUGCUUAAAAAGAAAAAGGGAAGACGAAUCUAUCAAAAUAUUUAAAUUCAAAAGGCAAAAGCGCUGGUUUUUGUCGAAGGAAGCUUGCAGGGAUUUUGCAGUUCGGGAUGGUAUAGAUCUAUCCGAGGCGGGAGAAAUGCACGAGAAACGUCGAGCACCAGACAGCCCUAAAGAGAUGUUAAAGAUAACGUAUGUUAAUGCCCUAGAAGAUAAAAUACUAAGUUUGGCGACCAAAGAAUGCUACGGGUGUCAGGU